UUUUUCCUAUUUAACUAGAUAAUGCUAGCAUCAACACCUAGUAAAUCUAACCCUAAAUCACAGUAAAUCUUCAGCGUCGGCUUCCUCUUGAGACUUUUUCUCUAGCUUGCAACUCACGCUACUAAACCCCUUCUUUCACCAUCGAUCCUACGCAAGCCAUGGAAUCAGACGGGCAGAGACUCUACUCUGUUCUCACGAGAACAGAUGUUCUUGACAAGAUGAUGAAAGAGAUCGUUCAGAUCUCGGAAGUCUUCUCGUUAUCUCAGUCCGAUGCAACCGUAGCCCUAAUCCGUCUAGGUUGGGACUCGUUCAAGGCUUCGGAUCUUUUGGGCGACGACAAGGAGAGGUUUCUGUCGAAACUAGGGUUGGUUCAGGUCGUUCCUGAUACCGAUGGUGACGGAGAUACUCUUCUUGUCUCCUCCACUCCCUUGUGCUCGCACAAGUUUUGCUCUGAUUGCUGGAGCGAUCAUCUCGAGAAGAACAAGAAGGACGACAACACAAGUCUUGACCGAGUCUGCGUUGCCUCCGUUGGACCCGAUACGAUCGAGGAGAAACUCGCCGAGCCGGUUAAGGAGAUGUACGAGAGAUACGUUCUUGGAUCUUUCAUGGAGAGCAACAAGAUCAAGUGGUGUCCUGCUAAGGGAUGCGAGUACGCCAUCGAGCGUCAUGAUGAUCCAUCAGAAGAUGAUGAUGGUGGUGAAGGUGGUGAUCGCGAGUCCGGUGAUGAUUUCGGUGUGGUGUGUCUGUGUGGUCACACGUUCUGUUGGAGGUGCAAGCUCGAGUCGCACAGACCAGUGACGUGCAACAAUGCUUCCCUCUGGUUGAAUGAACUCUUGGUUGAAGCGAAAAGACUCACCUCGAUCACCACCAAACCUUGUCCUCAUUGCAACACUAACAUGCAAAGGAGUAUCAAUGGUCAUUGGAGAAUCGUUACUUGUGUCGUCUGCAGCCACUCCUUCUGCUGGCGCUGCUUGAUACCAGAGGGAUAUCACAGAGCAGUGUAUCAUUGUUUUGAAGUCUAUGUUCCUACACCACACGAUGAAGCGGCUCUGGAUCGUCACCUGGCACUCUGGAGGGAGGAUCGUAAAGCAAUGAAGGCAGCUAAACGCGAUCUCGAAGCCAUUGAGGGAAACAGCAUUCCCGAUCUAACCGAGGUUUGCGGUCUGGGAGAGCUGGACGCGAGGGCUGUGAGGGAAGCGUGCACGCUGAUCGUUCAAUGCAGACUCGUGUUGAAAUGGAGCCGUGUGUUUGGCUAUUUCAUAACCGAUUACCACAGCGCGAGGAAGCAGUACCUGGACCACCUCGUGGAGGGAGCUACCGCGAAUCUUGUGAAGCACAAAGAGAGAGUAGAUGAGUUGGUGCGGGGAGCCAUCUCGGGUGGAGUUGUCACUGGCUUCAGGCACAAGAUUGAAACCUCAACGACAGCAACUGGUAACUACUUCCAUGUCUUUGUCAAGACUGUCGAGGAAGGUCUGCGUGAUGUGAAGGCUGGUGUUUACAAGAACGUACCCACCGACUACUGGUUCUGCGAUCGCUGCACGUUUCAGAACGACGCUUUUGAACGCAAGUGUAGGAUUUGCGUUUUCCCUUUUGAGGGUCCUUCUCCUCCUCUCGUAAUCGGUGCUGCAAGUGGUCAUCAGCAACAAGGACUCCCAAACGUGUCCAGCAAUCCAUUUGCGUCUCCUCCACUUGGUGCUAAUGCUCAUCAACAAGGAGGAACCUACAACACUGUGGCGUUUGGUGACAACAACACUGCGAGUGCUCAUCAACAACAAGGAGUUCCAAACAUGUCCAGUAACCCGUUUGCUCGUGAAGGAGGAACAAAUGUUUUCGAGUCUGCUCCACCUGUGGCUUUUGGUGCUCAUCAACAACAAGUACCAAACAUGUCCAACAAUCCAUUUGUUCUUCCUGUGGCUUUUGGUAACAACAGCAACAACAUUGGUGCAAGUGUUUAUCAGCAGCAAGUCUCAAACAUGGCGAAUAAUCCAUUUGCUAGUCCAGGAGGAGGAACCUUGGCUUAUGGUAACAACAGCAUUGUUGGUGCAAGUCCCAAUACAUUUGUUCGAGAAGGACCAAUCUUUACUGCGUAUCCUGGUUAUGGUAACAACAGAGCUCAAGUCCCAAACAUGGCCGACAAUCCAUUUGCUCGUCCAGGUGGAACAAACCCAUUGCAGUCGACUCCUCCUCCUCCAUUCGUGGCUUUCGGUAGUGCAAGUGGUGCUCAUCUGCAAGAAGAAGCAGCAGCAGCUCCAAACAUGAUGAUGGGGAACAACAAUCCAUUUGAUCGUCAAGGAGGAACCAAACCUUUUAAAUUCGAUUGAGAGCGAGUGAUGAUGACUGAAUGAUGAUGCUCUUUCUGUUUUCUUUGUCUUUUAUUAGGGUUUGUAAUAAAGCCUGUCGUCUCUGUUUUUGCUUUUGUCCUUUAGGGUUCGUUUUGUUUUUUUUUCCUUGUUGAAAAAGCAAACAAUAUGGUUUAUCAGUUUAUGUUUUGGAUAAAA